AUGGCUAAAAACUCUGCACUUCCUGAUGAACUGGAAAAUGAUAAUACCAAUGAUGCCUGUGUGACAAUUAACAAUGUUUUGAAGUGCACACUCAAUAAGCGUGCUUCAUUGUUUAAAAUCCCACAAAGAGCAAGAUGUACUCAAUCUUGGAUGAACUCUGACAUUCUUGCUGCAUGUCGUGCACGUCGCAAGGCUGAGGGUACUUACAGAAAGUCGCAAUCAACUGAUGCUGCUAACAUAUUUGCAGAAUUCUUUGUUAGCAAGAUCAAUUCCAUCCGUCUUGAUCUGGAUUCACUUGCCUUAAAUAAUGAUGACAUUAACGAUACUGGUUAUCUUAAUGUUUCUUCUGAUUCUGUUGAUUACCAUGCUUCUGCGUUUGAUACAAUUGAUCACGCUUUAUUGCUGAACACACUUAAAGAAUCUUUUGGCAUUUCUGACAAAGCUCUCCAUUUGCUGUACUCUUACCUUGAUUCUAGGUCUUUUCGUGUUAAUGUUGGGUCAGAAUUUUCCAACACAUUCCCUUUGAAGUAUGGCGUUCCGCAAGGUAACAUGACUGCAUUCAGCGAAUCAGUAUGGUCUCCUGACAAAGGAAGGAACAAUGGAAGGGACAUGCAGUGGGGCGGGGGAACUCUCUUUGUUGACAAAAAAGAACUGGCUGACACCAAAUCUGGUGGACGUAGAAAACUGUCUGAACGUAAGGCAAUUCCAGUUGUGGACUUGUCUAGAUGGAUAAAGGAAAAUACCAGAAAAGAAGACUAUGUGAUUUUAAAAUUAGACGUUGAGGGAGCUGAAUAUAAAAUUUUAAAAAAAAUGCUGGAAGAGGGAACCUUUGCAUGGAUCGAUAAGUAUUACGGGGAAUACCAUAGUAAUCAGCCAGUUGGGCUCUCUAGUGAUGAGAAAGGCAAAAUAAUCAAUAAUGUAAUGACUAAAGGGGAAAAAAUGUAUGAUUGGGGAGCAGAGAGAAGGAAUUACGCAGAUUUUGAAGCUCUCCAUCCAACAAAGAUACCUGAAGAGGCUCCUGGUAAAGCAGGGGCUGUAUACAGUAAAUAUAACAUUGGACUACGUGGAAAUCAUCCAUACCCAACCGGUCAUUUUGAAAUGAUGGCUGCCAAUUGGAUUCGAGAAGCUGUAGUUAGUUCAGAAAUGCGUCUUCGUGAACUUGACAUAAACCCAAUAUUCUACUCCCCUAAUGGAUAUGGCGAAAACCUUCAGCAGCAACUUAAACAUAGGGGUUUCAGAAUCAUCAAAGCAGCUGUGAACUUCCCGCCUAAAUCAGAACCUCUACUAACUGUACAGAAUUACUACAAAUUUCGAGAUGUUGAACGUGUCCCAAAAGCACUUAGAGCAAUCUCUAACAGGUUGCAGACAGCAGAUGGUGGAAUCCUAAGCCUUGACACAGACCUUCCCGAUACCUACAUGAAUUUUGUUUUCUUGCUGGAUUAUUUAGUUGAAAAAUCUGGUUAUACAUUGGUUUCGUUGAAUGAAUGUGUACGUUAAAGGAGGUAGUAUUCGGGAUCAUGAAUAAUUACAUAGUUCCCGGAUGCUUGAGAAGGAUAAAAUUGGAUCUCAUUUUUUUUUUUUCAAUAAAACGCAUUUUGAUAUACUUAUGGUUAUGGGAUGUUUUCAAACUGUAAUACAAUAGUCAUACAAUACAAUACAUAGGAUAUAUCUAAUAUCAUUGUUAACGCUAUGGUACACGUACAUGUGCUAAGACGUUAUAACUUACUGUUGAAAGACCUUGUCACUAAUUCACAUUGGGUUUAUUAGACCCAUUCACAGAAUCUGCUCAAACAUGAAAACUCACUGAUAAAGAAACCAUGUAUAUCA